GACCAGAGCUUGGAGGAUGCAUUGCUGCCCGACGGCCUGAAGGUAUUGAACCUGGGCGCCGAAUUCGAUCGGAGUUUGCGUGGCGUGCAGCUCCCCAACAGCCUGGAGACCUUGUCCUUUGACUGGGCUUUCAACCAGAGCUUGGAAGGAGUCACCCUGCCAAGCAGCUUGCAGACAUUGAAGUUCGGGGCGGAUUUCAACCAGACAUUGGCAGGUGUCUCGUUGCCGAGCAGCCUGCAGACUCUUACCUUGGGGGCUCGUUUCAACAAGAGCUUGAGAGGUGUUGCUUUGCCAGAAGGCCUCAAGACUUUGAGUCUUGGCAGGGCCUUCAACGAGAGCUUGGAAGGCGUCACAUUUCCACAGAGCUUAGAGACGUUGACCUUCAGCGACUUUUUCAACCAAAGUCUGAAAGGCGUUGCAUUGCCAAGCAGUCUGCGGGCAUUGACUUUUGGUGAGGCCUUCAACCAGAGCCUGGAAGAUGUAAUGCUGCCGGGCGGCCUCGAAGUUUUGACUUUUGGCUGCCAGUUUUGCCAGAGCUUGGAAGGCAUUACGUGGCCAGGCAGUUUGCAUACCUUGACUUUGGGCAAUCAUUCCAAGGAGCAGCUGCAAGCUGCGAAGCUCCCAAGCAGCUUAGAGACCCUGACUUUUGGCAGUAAUUUCAACGAUCCUCUAGAAAGUAUCAUGCUGCCCAGCAGUCUGAAGACGUUGAUCUUUGGGGAGUUCUUCAACUAG